AUGACAGACACUUAUAUCAAAUCAAGUCGUUCAACAACACACAUCACACUUGUGGGCCUUCAAUGUCAUAAUACUGGUAGCUGCAUUUAAUUUCGCGUAUAUAUAUACACGCAAUUUAGCUAGAAUCUACAGGUACAAAAAAGGAAACUUCGCAAUAGUAACAGUUUUUUUAUCAAGAGGAAAAAAAAAGGUCGAUUGAGAAUGGAAACAGUACUGAACGUGAAUGCAAGUACAAGAGUUGCAAAUGAUGUUGUCACAGAAACUGAACUCAACAAAAUUCGUCUUGUGAGAGCAUUUGUUGAAACACAAGAUCCAUCUUCUAAGGAAGAAGAUGAUUUGAUGAUUAGAAGGUUUCUUCGUGCUCGUGAUUUAGACGUGGGAAAAGCUUCAGCAAUGUUCCUCAAGUACUUGAAAUGGAGACAUUCAUUUGUUCCAAAUGGUCCCAUAUCUCUAUCACAGGUUACUAAUGAAAUUGCAGAUGACAAGGUUUUUGUCCAAGGACACGACAAGAUUGGUCGUCCCAUACUUGUUGUCUUCGGUGGAAAACAUUUUCAAAAGAAAGAUGGUCUAGAAGAAUUCAAACGGUUUGUAGUUUAUAUUCUUGAUAAACUAUGUGCAAGUAUGGCUGAUGGGCAAGAAAAGUUUGUUUGUAUAGUUGAACUCAAGGGAUGGGGUUACUCAAAUAGUGAUGUUCGUGCAUACAUUACCGGGCUCUCUAUUUUGCAGGAUUACUACCCUGAAAGAUUGGAGAAGUUGUUUAUUCUCCAUGCACCAUACAUUUUUAUGAAAGUGUGGAAAAUGAUUUAUCCAUUUAUUGACAACAAAACCAGGAAGAAGAUGGUAUUUGUGGAAAACAAAAAGGUGAAAUCAACACUUGAAGAAGAUAUAGACGAAAAUCAACUCCCUGAGAUUUAUGGUGGAAAAUUGCAAUUAGUCGCUAUUCAGGAUAUCUGAGUAAUUUAUUGGGUUGAAUAUGUUGUGUAAUGUAUAAAUAAAAAGAUGGGACUUCUAUUAGACUGAUUUAUUUCCAAAGUAAACAUUGGUGUGUAAUCAGUCAUGGAAUUCUUUGUAAUAUCAAUUGAUAUAUUAAUCUUAUAUAUGAUGAUGAGAAUAAAAUAGUCAAGUUGAUUACUAUUUGUGAUUAA